CGAGCUCCAUCAGGCGGCUGAGGCUUCGGGUGCGCUAGCUAGGCAGGGGUUGCUUUUUCCUGCGUCCGGCAGCAGGAGUAGGCGCCCCUCGUGCAGGCAACGCAUCCUCAACCUCUGCGCCACCGAGGAGGGGCUUGGAAGGGCAGAGGGGGAGCCGAGCCGAGCUGCCCCCCUCUCUUUGCUGAUCCAGAGAGGACCCCUUCUUUCUUUUCUCCCUCCUCCUCUCCCUCCCUUUCUUUUUCUCCCCCGCUCUUUCCCUUCAUGCAUCGUUCUUGGGAACCUUGGCCGAGCCUUCCAAGCACCUUGCCUUGCUUUUAAUUUCGUGCACGAGGGGUAGUGUUCCUGGUAGCGCCCCGUAAUUAUUUUUCCCCCCUGCAUGCAACCUCCUUCUCUUGCAAGGGAGGGCUGAACCCCCUCCUCUCUCUCCCCUCCCCAGCCUUUACGGCUGCUGGGUUCUCUCAUCUGCCUGGGCUGGGAGGGAGAGAGAGGAGGAGGAGGGCGGCGAGACGGCUUUUCCUCCCCUUUUCCUCCUUUUAGUGGAUGGUGGAAGCCUUGAAGACCCUAGGAAGGAGAGAGCGAAGAAGAGGAGGUGACAGAAGAAGAAGGAGCUCUUGCUGCACGGCUGGCCUGUGGACCGUCUAGAGAGCUGGUUUUUAUUUUUUUUGCACAAGCAUGCCGGCCCACAGGGUAGAAAUGACGGGGGCCCUGCUGCUCUUCCUAGGAUUGUUGCACACAUUAGUAGGGAUCACCCCUAUUUUUGCCCUUGAAGUAGAAGACUCCAUCAAAGCAAAACCUCCCAAUUCCCCGCGUGCGGAGUGGGUGCUGCAGCCUAGACCUACACCGCCCAAAGGGAGAGACCCGAACGCUUGGAACCGGCUCAAGGACCAGUCUUUUGCAUUAGCUGAGGAGGUUGAUGUCUAUGUUGCAACACUUCCAAAGACUGGGGAACAAGCCCUGGAGAGCUCUACCUCACAAAUAUUGUCACCGAAGACAUGUAGCCCGAAACAGUUUGCAUGUAAAGAUCAGAUCACCUGCAUCUCUAAAGGCUGGAGAUGUGACGGAGAGAAGGAUUGUCCAGAUGGCUCUGAUGAAUCACCAGAUAUAUGUCCACAGAGCAAGGUGUCAAGAUGUCAGCCAAAUGAGCACAACUGCCUGGGCACUGACCUCUGCAUCCCCAUGACCAAGCUGUGCAAUGGCGAACGUGACUGUGUAGACGGUUCUGACGAAGGGCCCCAUUGCCGAGCGUUUUUUAAAAACUGCUCUGAUCUGGGCUGCCAGCACCAUUGUGUCCCAACUCAGAACGGCCCAACAUGCUAUUGCAAUAGUUCUUUCCAACUGGCUGAAGAUGGGAAAAGCUGCAAAGAUUUUGAUGAGUGUACUGUCUAUGGGACGUGCAGCCAGACCUGUACCAACCAUGAUGGCGCUUACACAUGUAGCUGUGUGGAGGGUUAUCUGCUCCAGCCUGAUCACAAAUCUUGCAAAGCUAAGAAUGAACCAGUGGAGCGACCACCCAUCCUGCUUAUUGCUAACUCUCAGAAUAUCAUGGCUACUUACCUGAAUGGUGUAUCCGUCCCAAACAUCACUCCUACCAGUACUAAGCAGACCACUGCAAUGGACUUCAACUAUGUGGAAGACACAGUCUGCUGGGUCCACGUUGGGGACAGUUCCUCCCAAACAGUCUUGAAAUGUGCCAAGAUCCCCAGUCUGAAGGGCUUUGUGGAAGAGUGGACCAUCAACAUUUCUCUCAGCUUGCAUCACGUGGAGCAGAUGGCCAUCGACUGGCUUACUGGCAAUUUCUACUUCGUAGAUGACAUAGAUGACCGAAUAUUUGUGUGCAACAAGAGCGGGGUCACCUGUGUUACGUUACUUGAUCUAGAGCUCUACAAUCCUAAAGGCAUUGCACUGGAUCCAACCAUGGGGAAAGUUUUCUUCACAGACUAUGGGCAGAUACCAAAAGUGGAGCGUUGUGACAUGGAUGGGCAGAACCGGACAAAGUUGGUAGACACCAAGAUUGUCUUUCCCCAUGGCAUCACCCUAGAUUUGGUCAACCGGUUGGUUUAUUGGGCUGAUGCUUACCUUGAUUACAUUGAAGUGGUGGAUUAUGAAGGAAAGAACCGGCACACUAUUAUCCAGGGUCUCUUGAUAGAACAUCUCUAUGGGCUGACUGUCUUUGAGAACUACCUGUAUGCCACCAACUCAGACAAUGCCAAUGCUCAGCAGAAAACUAGUGUCAUCCGAGUCAAUCGAUUCAACAGCAGUGACUUCCACGUUGUAACCCGGGUGGAUAAGGGUGGAGCUCUACACAUCUACCAUCAGCGACGACAACCCAAAGUGAGGAGUCAUGCCUGUGAACCAGACCAGUUUGGUAAACCUGGCGGCUGCUCUGACAUCUGUCUCCUUGGAAACAGCCACAAGACCCGGACAUGCCGGUGCCGGUCGGGAUUCAGCCUAGGCAGUGAUGGGAAGUCUUGCAAGAAGCCAGAGCAUGAGCUCUUCCUUGUCUACGGCAAAGGUCGGCCAGGCAUCAUACGUGGGAUGGACAUGGGGGCCAAAGUGCCCGAUGAGCACAUGAUCCCCAUUGAAAACUUGAUGAAUCCCAGAGCCCUGGACUUUCAUGCAGAGACGGGCUUCAUUUACUUUGCUGACACCACCAGCUACCUUAUUGGUCGUCAGAAGAUUGAUGGAACCGACAGGGAAACGAUCCUGAAAGAUGGCAUUCACAAUGUUGAAGGCAUUGCUGUAGACUGGAUGGGAAACAACCUCUACUGGACAGACGAUGGGCCCAAGAAGACCAUCAGCGUCGCCCGUCUGGAAAAGGCUGCCCAGACCAGGAAGACACUGAUUGAAGGAAAAAUGACUCACCCUCGAGCUAUUGUGGUGGAUCCAUUGAACGGAUGGAUGUACUGGACUGACUGGGAGGAGGACCCAAAGGACAGCAAGAGGGGAAAGAUAGAAAGGGCUUGGAUGGAUGGCUCCAACCGCAACAUCUUUAUCACUUCCAAAACUGUCUUGUGGCCCAAUGGACUAAGCCUGGACAUUCCGGCUAAGGUGCUUUAUUGGGUGGAUGCCUUUUAUGACAGGAUUGAGAUGGUUAUGCUGAAUGGCACCGAUCGCAAGGUUGUGUAUGAUGGUACUGAGCUGAACCAUGCCUUUGGGCUGUGCCACUAUGGCAACUACCUCUUCUGGACAGAGUACCGGAGCGGAAGCAUUUAUCGCCUCAAUCAGCAGACCAAGGCCAUUACGCUUUUGCGUAAUGAACGUCCACCAAUCUUUGAGAUCCGCAUGUAUGAUGCCCAACAGCAGCAAGUCGGUUCCAACAGCUGCCGAGUGAACAAUGGGGGCUGCAGCAGCCUUUGCCUGGCUAUCCCCAAUGGCAGGCAGUGUGCCUGUGCCGAGGACCAGAUUUUGGGACACGACUCUGUCACCUGCCAAGCCAACCCAUCUUACAUCCCACCUCCACAGUGCCAGCCUGGGGAGUUUGCUUGCAAGAACAACCGCUGUAUACAGGAACGCUGGAAAUGUGAUGGUGACAAUGACUGCCUAGACAACAGUGAUGAGGCACCAGAGCUCUGCCAUCAGCACACUUGCCCUUCGGACCGUUUCAAGUGUGAGAACAACCGCUGCAUCCCCAACCGUUGGCUGUGUGAUGGGGACAAUGACUGUGGGAACAACGAAGAUGAGUCUAAUUCUACCUGCUCAGCUCGUACCUGCCCGGCCAACCAGUUCUCCUGUGCCAGCGGCCGUUGUAUACCUCUCUCCUGGACCUGUGACUUGGAUGAUGAUUGUGGGGACCGUUCUGAUGAGUCAGCCUCAUGUGCCUACCCAACUUGUUUUCCUCUCACCCAGUUCACUUGCCACAAUGGCCGGUGCAUCAACAUAAACUGGAGAUGCGACAAUGACAAUGACUGCGGAGACAACAGUGAUGAAGCCGGUUGCAGCCAUUCCUGCUCUAGCAACCAGUUCAAAUGCAACAGUGGACACUGUAUCCCUGCGCAUUGGACCUGUGAUGGCGACAGUGACUGUGGGGACUACAGUGAUGAGACUCAUGCCAACUGUACCAACCAAGCCACACGCCCACCUGGAGGCUGCCAUACCGAUGAGUUCCAGUGCCGGCUGGAUGCCCUCUGCAUUCCCAUGCGCUGGCAUUGCGAUGGCGAUACUGACUGCAUGGAUUCCAGUGAUGAAAAGAACUGUGAGGGUGUCACUCAUGUCUGUGACCCAAAUGUCAAAUUUGGUUGCAAGGAUUCUGCCCGCUGCAUCAGCAAAGCAUGGGUAUGUGAUGGAGACAAUGAUUGCGAGGACAACUCUGAUGAGGAGAAUUGUGAAUCGUUGGUGUGCAAGCCACCCUCACACACCUGUGCCAACAACACAUCUAUUUGCCUUCCCCCUGAGAAGCUGUGUGAUGGCAACGAUGACUGCGGGGAUGGAUCUGAUGAAGGGAAGCUAUGCGACCUCUGUGCUCUCAACAAUGGAGGCUGUAGCCACAACUGUACAGUAGCCCCUGGUGAAGGCAUUGCAUGCUCCUGCCCUCUGGGUAUGGAGCUGGGUGCCGACAACAAGACCUGCCAGAUCCAGAGCUAUUGUGCCAAGCACCUCAAGUGCAGUCAAAAGUGUGAGCAGGACAAAUACAAUGUGAAGUGCUCCUGCUAUGAGGGAUGGAUGCUGGAACCUGAUGGCGAGAGCUGCCGCAGCAUGGACCCCUUUAAGCCUUUUAUUAUCUUCUCCAACCGCCAUGAGAUCCGGCGCAUUGAUCUGAACAAGGGAGAUUACAGUGUCUUAGUACCUGGUUUGCGCAACACGAUUGCCCUGGACUUCCAUCUGAAUCAGAGCUCCCUCUACUGGACGGAUGUAGUAGAAGACAAGAUCUAUCGAGGGAAGUUGCAUGAGAAUGGAGCCCUGACCAGCUUUGAGGUUGUGAUCCAGUAUGGUUUGGCCACCCCCGAGGGACUUGCUGUGGAUUGGAUUGCUGGCAACAUCUACUGGGUGGAGAGCAACUUGGACCAGAUAGAGGUGGCAAGGCUGAACGGGACCAUGCGGAGUACUUUGCUGGCUGGAGACAUUGAACACCCUCGUGCUAUUGCUCUGGAUCCCCGAUGCGGGAUCCUGUUCUGGACAGACUGGGACGCUAGCUUGCCCCGAAUUGAGGCCGCUUCCAUGAGUGGCGAAGGCCGACGUGUCAUCCAUAAAGAAACCGGCUCAGGCGGCUGGCCUAACGGACUUACAGUUGACUACCUAGAGAAGCGAAUUCUGUGGAUUGAUGCCAGGUCAGAUGCAAUCUAUUCUGCCCUCUACGAUGGCACAGGGCAUAUUGAGGUGUUGCGAGGUCAUGAGUACUUAUCCCACCCCUUUGCUGUCACCCUUUAUGGUGGAGAGGUAUAUUGGACCGAUUGGCGCACCAAUACCCUGGCCAAGGCCAACAAGUGGACUGGCCACAAUGUCACCGUUGUGCAGAGGACCAACACACAGCCCUUUGACUUGCAGGUCUACCACCCCUCCCGCCAGCCUCAAGCUCCCAACCCUUGUGAGGCCAAUGGAGGGAGAGGACUUUGUUCACACCUUUGCCUCAUCAACUUCAAUAGCACCUUCUCUUGUGCUUGCCCACACCUCAUGAAGUUGGACAAGGACAAUGUCACAUGUUAUGAGUUUAAGAAGUUCCUGCUCUAUGCCCGCCAGAUGGAGAUUAGAGGCGUUGACAUUGACAAUCCAUACUACAAUUAUAUCAACUCUUUUACUGUGCCUGACAUUGACAAUGUUACUGUGGUUGACUAUGAUGCCAUGGAACAGAGGAUCUAUUGGUCAGAUGUCCGCACCCAAACCAUUAAGCGGGCAUUCAUCAAUGGGACGGGAGUGGAAACUGUUGUAUCUGCAGACCUUCCCAACGCCCAUGGUCUAGCUGUAGACUGGGUCUCCAGGAACCUUUUCUGGACAAGCUAUGAUGCCAACAAGAAACAAAUCAACGUUGCUCGCCUAGAUGGGUCGUUUAAGAAUGCUGUGAUUCAGGGGCUUGACAAGCCUCAUUGCCUGGUUGUACAUCCUCUCAAAGGGAAGCUGUAUUGGACAGAUGGAGACAACAUCAGCAUUGCCAACAUGGAUGGCAGCAAUCGCAGCCUACUCUUCACAAACCAAAAAGGGCCUGUUGGGCUCUCCAUUGACUACCAGGAAAGCAAGCUGUACUGGAUCAGCUCUGGCAACGGUACCAUCAAGAGGUGCAACUUGGAUGGCAGUGGCUUGGAAGUGUUAGAGACCAUGAAGAACCAGUUGCGCAAAGCCACAGCCUUGGCUAUCAUGGGUGAUAAGUUAUGGUGGGCUGACCAAGCCUCAGAAAAAGUGGGCACCUGCAAUAAGAAGGAUGGGACAGAAGCCACUGUGCUGCGCAACAGCACCACCCUAGUGAUGCACAUGAAGAUCUAUGAUGAGAGCAUCCAGCAGCAUGGUACCAACCCUUGCAGUGUGAACAAUGGUGACUGCUCUCAGCUGUGCCUCCCAACCUCAGAGACGACUCGAUCCUGCAUGUGUACAGCUGGCUACAGCCUAAAAAGUGGCCAGCAGUCCUGUGAAGGUGUUGGCUCUUUCCUUCUCUAUUCAGUGCAUGAGGGUAUCCGAGGCAUCCCGCUGGAUCCCAAUGACAAGUCUGAUGCACUGGUGCCAGUCUCUGGAACUUCACUGGCAGUGGGCAUCGAUUUCCAUGCUGCCAAUGACACCAUCUAUUGGGUGGACAUGGGCCUGAGUACCAUAAGUCGGGCCAAACGGGACCAGACCUGGAGAGAGGAUGUAGUGACCAAUGGCAUUGGCCGGGUGGAAGGCAUUGCUGUUGAUUGGAUCGCAGGAAACAUCUAUUGGACAGACCAGGGUUUUGAUGUCAUUGAGGUGGCCAGGCUCAAUGGUUCAUUUCGCUAUGUAGUGAUCUCACAGGGCCUAGACAAGCCACGUGCCAUCACUGUGCACCCAGAGAAGGGGUAUCUCUUUUGGACAGAGUGGGGCCAGUAUCCUCGCAUUGAGCGUUCCCGGUUGGAUGGGACAGAGCGUGUGGUCCUUAUCAACACCAGCAUCAGCUGGCCUAACGGGAUCUCUGUUGACUAUGAGGAUGGGAAACUUUACUGGUGUGAUGCCCGAACAGAUAAAAUAGAACGUAUAGACCUAGAGACGGGUGACAAGAGGGAGGUGGUCCUAUCCACUAACAACAUGGACAUGUUUUCCGUAUCGGUCUUUGAGGACUAUGUCUACUGGAGUGACAGGACUCAUGCAAACGGAUCCAUUAAGAGAGGCAGCAAGGACAAUGCCUCAGAAAUUGUGUCUUUGCGCACAGGAAUAGGUGUGCAACUGAAGGAUAUUAAGGUGUUCAACAGGGCCAGGCAAAAGGGAACCAACGUUUGUGCUCAGAACAAUGGUGGAUGUGAACAAUUGUGUCUGUACCGGGGAGGAGGUCAACGGACAUGCGCGUGCGCCCAUGGCAUGCUCUCGGAGGACAGCGUGAGUUGCCGUGACUAUGACGGGUACCUGCUCUACUCAGAACGCACGAUCCUCAAGAGUAUCCACUUGUCGGAUGAAAACAACCUCAACGCACCCAUCAAACCGUUUGAAGACAACGAGCACAUGAAAAACGUCAUUGCCUUGGCCUUUGACUACCGCCAUGGCAGCAAGGGCAGCAACCGUAUCUUCUAUAGUGACAUUCACUUUGGCAACAUCCAGCAAAUAAAUGAUGAUGGAAGCGGGCGGAAGACUAUCGUUGAGAAUGUUGGCUCGGUUGAGGGCCUGGCUUACCAUCGAGGCUGGGACACCUUGUACUGGACGAGCUACACCACAUCCACUAUCACUCGGCAUACUGUGAAUCAAGCCCGUGAAGGAGCCUUUGAGAGAGAGACAGUUAUCACCAUGUCUGGGGAUGACCAUCCUCGUGCCUUUGUAUUGGAUGAAUGCCAGAACUUGAUGUUCUGGACCAACUGGAAUGAGCAGCACCCCAGCAUCAUGCGGGCUACGCUGUCUGGUGCCAACAUGAUCACCAUCAUAGACAAAGACAUUCGCACACCGAAUGGUCUUGCCAUUGAUCACAAGGCAGAGAAGAUCUACUUUUCUGAUGCCACACUGGACAAAAUAGAGCGUUGUGAAUAUGAUGGAUCCAAACGAUACAUAAUCCUGAAGGCAGAGCCAGUGCACCCCUUUGGUUUGGCUGUCUAUGGGGACUACAUCUUCUGGACGGACUGGGUGCGUCGUGCUGUGCAGCGUGCCAACAAGUAUGUGGGGUCCGGCAUGAAGCACCUGCGCAUUGACAUUCCCCAGCAACCCAUGGGCAUAAUUGCCGUGGCCAAUGACACCAACAGCUGUGAGCUUUCCCUGUGCAGAGUGAACAAUGGCGGUUGUGAAGACCUGUGCCUGCUCACAGCCAAGGGUGAAAUCAGCUGCUCUUGCCGGGGUGAGAGGAUACUUCAGGAGGAUCUGACUUGCAGAGCUCCUAACUCUACGUGUAAUGUGCACCAUGAGUUUGAGUGUGGAAACGGGGACUGCAUUGACUUCAGCCAGACCUGUGAUGGAGUGGCCCACUGCAAGGACAAGUCGGACGAGAAGCAGUCCUACUGCAACAGCCGCAAGUGUAAGAAAGGCUACCUGCACUGCACCAACAAGCGCUGUGUGCCCAUCAAGGACUGGUGCAAUGGCGUGGACAACUGUGGGGACAAUUCGGACGAAGUGCCUUGCAACAAGACAAGCUGCGCUGCCACUGAGUUCCGUUGCCGGGAUGGGACCUGCAUCGGCAACUCCAGCCGCUGCAACCAACAAAUUGACUGUGAGGAUGCCUCGGAUGAGAUGAACUGCACUGCGACUGACUGCAGCAGCUUUUUCAAACUGGGUGUGAAAAGUAUUACCUUCCAGAAGUGUGAACACACAUCAUUGUGCUAUGCUCCAUCCUGGGUGUGUGAUGGCAGCAAUGACUGCGGAGACUACUCAGAUGAGCAGAACUGUCCAGGUGUGAGAAAAUCCAAGUGCCCAGCCAACUACUUUGCCUGCCCAAGUGGGAGGUGCAUCCCCAUGUCGUGGACUUGCGAUAAGGAAAAUGACUGUGAAAAUGGCGAGGAUGAGACACACUGCAAUAAGUUCUGCUUCCCUGUGAAGUUUGAGUGCAAGAAUCACCGCUGCAUCUCCAAGCAGUGGGUGUGCGAUGGAGCGGAUGACUGCGGAGAUGGCUCCGAUGAAGACGAACGUUGCCGUAACACCACUUGCGCUGCAGGUUCCUUCCAAUGCCCAAACAGCUACAUGUGUGUGCCACAACGCUGGCUCUGUGAUGGGGACAAGGACUGUAGUGAUGGAGCAGACGAAAGUCUGGCUGCUGGCUGCUUGUACAACAGCACCUGCGAUGAACGAGAGUUCAUGUGCAGCAACCGCCAGUGCAUCCCAAAACAUUUUGUAUGUGAUCAUGAUGACGACUGUGGAGAUGGUUCUGAUGAGUCUGAAGAAUGUGAGUAUCCUACCUGCGGUCCCAAUGAGUUCCGCUGUGCCAAUGGCCGAUGCCUCAGCAACAAGCUGUGGGAGUGUGAUGGCGAGUUUGACUGCCAUGACCAGUCUGAUGAAGCACCCAAGAAUUCCCGCUGCUCAAGCCCUGAGAGCAAGUGUAAUGACACGUUCUUCCUGUGCCACAAUGACCACUGCAUCUCCAACGAUCUCCUCUGUGACAACAACAAUGACUGUGGCGAUGGGUCGGACGAGCUGAACUGUUUCAUCAACGAAUGCCUCAACAAGAAGCAAAGCGGCUGCUCCCAAGAAUGCGAGGACCUCAAGAUUGGCUACAAGUGCAGAUGUCGCCCUGGGUUCCGGCUGAAGGAUGAUGGAAAGACUUGCAUUGACAUUGACGAGUGUACCACUACCUACCCAUGCAGCCAGAUAUGCAUCAACACCCAUGGUAGUUUCAAGUGUCUGUGUGCAGAUGGCUAUAUCCUAAAGCCCGAUGACCCAACCAGCUGCAAAGCUGUCACAGAUGAGGAACCCUUCCUGAUUUUUGCUAAUCGGUACUAUCUGAGGAAGCUUAGUCUGGAUGGUUCGAACUAUACCUUGCUGAAACAGGGGCUGAAUAACGCAGUGGCUUUGGAUUUUGACUACCGGGAGCAAAUGAUCUACUGGACAGAUGUCACUACGCAGGGCAGCAUGAUCCGCCGCAUGAACAUCAAUGGCAGUAAUGUGCAGGUCCUGCACCGCACUGGGCUGAGCAACCCGGAUGGCCUAGCUGUGGAUUGGGUGGGUGGAAAUCUGUACUGGUGUGACAAGGGAAGGGACACCAUUGAAGUCUCAAAGCUCAGUGGAGCUUACCGGACUGUGCUGGUGAACACAGGGCUGCGGGAACCUCGGGCAUUAGUAGUGGAUGUACAAAAUGGAUACUUGUAUUGGACAGAUUGGGGUGACCAUUCCCUGAUUGGCAAGAUAGGUAUGGAUGGCACCAACCGGAGUGUCAUUGUGGACACCAAGAUCACCUGGCCGAACGGCCUCACUCUGGACUACGUGAACAGCCGCAUCUACUGGGCUGAUGCCCGCGAGGACUACAUCGAGUUUGCCAGCUUGGAUGGCUCUAACCGGCACAUAGUCCUGAAUCAGGAUAUCCCCCACAUCUUUGCCUUGACACUCUUUGAGGAUUACAUUUAUUGGACUGACUGGGAAACCAAAUCCAUCAACCGGGCACACAAGACCACGGGGGCGAACAAAUCUGUACUCAUCAGCACAUUGCACCGGCCUAUGGACAUCCACAUCUUCCACUCCUACAGGCAGCCAGACGUGCCCAGCCACCCCUGCAAAGUCAACAACGGGGGUUGCAGCAACCUGUGCCUGCUGUCUCCAGGAGGAGGCUUCAGGUGUGCCUGUCCGACCAACUUCUAUCUGGGCGGCGAUGGCAAGACCUGCAUCUCCAACUGCACAGCCAGUCAGUUUGUUUGCAAGAAUGACAAAUGCAUCCCUUUUUGGUGGAAAUGCGACACAGAAGACGAUUGCGGGGAUCGCUCAGACGAGCCCGAGAACUGCCCUGAAUUCAAAUGCCGUCCUGGGCAAUUCCAAUGCUCAACAGGGAUCUGCACCAACCCCGCCUUCAUCUGUGAUGGGGACAAUGAUUGUCAGGACAAUUCAGAUGAAGCAAAUUGCGAAGUCCAUGUCUGCCUACCCAGUCAGUUCAAGUGUACCAACACCAAUCGCUGCAUCCCUGGCAUCUUCCGCUGCAACGGGCAGGACAACUGUGGCGAUGGGGAGGACGAGAAGGACUGCCCGGAGGUGACUUGUGCCCCCAACCAGUUCCAGUGUGCCAUCACCAAACGCUGUAUUCCACGGGUAUGGGUGUGUGACCGUGACAACGACUGCGUGGACGGAUCUGAUGAACCUGCCAACUGCACACAAAUGAGAUGUGGCCUGGAUGAGUUCCGGUGCAAAGAUUCAGGCCGCUGCAUCCCAGCACGCUGGAAAUGUGAUGGCGAAGACGACUGUGGGGAUGGCUCGGAUGAACCCAAGGAAGAAUGUGACGAGCGAACCUGCGAGCCCUACCAGUUCCGCUGCAAGAACAAUCGCUGUGUGCCUGGCCGCUGGCAGUGCGACUAUGACAAUGACUGUGGAGACAACUCGGAUGAGGAGAGCUGUAAGCCCAGGCCUUGUUCCGAAAGCGAGUUCUCCUGCGCCAACGGGCGGUGCAUUGCAGGCCGCUGGAAGUGUGAUGGGGACCAUGACUGUGCUGAUGGCUCUGAUGAGAAAGAAUGCAAGCCGCGCUGUGAUCAAGACCAGUUCCACUGUAAGAGUGGCCAUUGCAUCCCGCUACGGUGGCGGUGUGAUGCUGAUGCUGACUGCAUGGAUGGCAGUGAUGAGGAGGACUGUGGCACCCGGGUGCGGACGUGUCCUCUGGAUGAGUUCCAGUGUAAUAACACCCUGUGCAAGCCGCUGGCCUGGAAGUGUGACGGUGAGGAUGACUGUGGUGACAACUCAGAUGAGAACCCCGAGGAAUGCCUGAAGUUCAAGUGUCCCCCCAACCGACCAUUCCGCUGCAAGAAUAACCGUGUGUGCCUGUGGAUAGGCCGCCAGUGUGACGGCAUUGACAACUGUGGUGACGGCACGGAUGAGCAAUUCUGUGAUUCACCAACCACCAGGCCCAGGAGCUGCAGCCAUGAGAAAAAUGAGUUUCUCUGCAAGAACGGGAAAUGCAUCAGCGCUGAACGCCGUUGUAACUUCUUUGAUGACUGUGGAGAUGGGUCUGAUGAGGAUAAUUGCUUGAGGGAUCACAAAAUGUAUGGCUGCCACACCAAUGUGACCAUGUGUGGGGACGAAGCGAAAUGCAUGCAGACGGCCACAUCUGUGUACUGCACCUGCCGCAGUGGUUUCCAGAAAGUGGAGGAUAAGAAUUCCUGCCAAGAUAUCAACGAAUGCCUGACGUUUGGAACUUGCAGUCAGCUUUGCAACAACACAAAAGGCUCGUUCAUGUGCACUUGUGCCAAGAACUUCAUGAAGACCCAUCAGAUGUGCAAGGCAGAAGGUUCAGAAUACCAGAUACUUUACAUUGCCGAUGACAACAAAAUCCGCAGCAUGUACCCUUUCAACCCCAACUCGGCCUAUGAACCCGCCUUCCAAGGAGACGACAGCGUCCGCAUUGCUGCAAUGGAUAUCUAUGUCAAGGGCAACAAGAUCUACUGGACCAACUGGCACACCGGGCGCAUCUCUUAUCGUGAACUGCCAUCGUCGGCAGGCUCUAGCCCCUCUAAUCGCAACCGGCGGCAGAUUGAUGGUGGAGUAACCCACCUUAAUAUUUCAGGGCUGAAGAUGCCACGGGGCAUUGCCGUAGACUGGGUGGCUGGAAACAUUUACUGGACAGACUCAGGGCGCGACGUCAUUGAAGUGGCCCAAAUGAAGGGUGAGAACCGCAAGACACUGAUUUCAGGAAUGAUUGAUGAACCUCACGCUAUCGUAGUGGAUCCACUUCGAGGCACCAUGUACUGGUCAGACUGGGGGAACCACCCUAAGAUUGAGACAGCUGCAAUGGAUGGGACCCUGCGGGAGACUCUGGUGCAGGACAAUAUCCAGUGGCCCACAGGUUUAGCGGUCGAUUAUCAUAAUGAGCGCCUGUACUGGGCCGACGCCAAACUCUCUGUGAUUGGCAGCAUCAUGCUCAAUGGUACUGAUCCUGUGGUGGCCAUUGAUAGCAAGAAAGGGUUCAGCCAUCCUUUCAGCAUUGACAUUUUUGAGGACUACAUUUAUGGCGUCACAUACAUCAACAACCGCAUUUUCAAGAUUCACAAGUUUGGCCAUGGUACCGUCACCAACCUUACAGCAGGGCUGAAUCAUGCCACUGAUGUGGUACUCUAUCACCAGUACAAACAGCCAGACGUGACCAAUCCCUGCGACAGGAAGAAGUGUGAAUGGCUUUGCCUCCUGAGCCCCAGCGGCCCCGUGUGCACUUGUCCCAAUGGCAGAAGGCUGGACAACGGCACCUGCGUCCUCACCCCCUCACCCUCGGUUCCACCUGUGGUUCCACCCACCGACACCUGCGAUCUGGUUUGCCUCAAUGGCGGCAGCUGCUUCUUGAAUCCCCUCAAGCAACCCAAAUGCCGAUGCCAGCCACGCUACAGUGGGGACAAGUGCCAGAACGACCAGUGCUCUGACUACUGCCAGAAUGGGGGCACCUGCACUGCUUCCCUGUCCGGGGUGCCAACGUGUCGCUGCCCCAAUGGCUUCACCGGCUCCCAGUGUAACAAGCAGUUGUGCGCUGACUACUGCCUCAACAAUGGGAGCUGCACCGUCAACCAUGGAAACCAACCCAACUGCCGCUGCCCCCCUGAAUUUGAUGGCGACAAGUGCCAGUUCCGCUUGUGCCCCGGCUACUGUGAGAAUGGCGGCGUGUGCCAUUUGACAGCCUCUGGCACGCGCCAGUGUGGCUGCCCGCCCAAUUACUAUGGGGACCGCUGCCAGCAUAACAAGUGUGACCGCUGCCUCAAAGGCAAUUGCUCCAUCGACAAACAGACUGGCAAUGUCACCUGCAGCUGCUCUGAUGGUAGGAUAGCCCCCAGCUGCUUGACUUGUGAUGACUACUGCUUGAAUGGGGGCACAUGUACAAUGAAUGCCGAUACCUCGAUGCCCCAGUGCCAGUGCACACCAGAAAUGACAGGGGAGCAAUGCGAGACGCCUGCGACCAGCGAGCAGCAGAGCGAUCGAACUCUGUCCAUCCUCAUUCCAAUCCUCCUCCUCCUCCUUCUGAUACUGCUGGCAAUUGUUGUAAUUUGGUACAAGAAGAGGAUUAAAGGGGCUAAAGGUUUCCAACACCAGCGUAUGACCAAUGGUGCAAUGAAUGUGGAGAUCGGCAAUCCCACUUACAAGAUGUAUGAGGGAGACCCCGACGCUGAUGAUGUGGGGGAGCUGCUAGAUGCCGACUUUGCCCUGGAUCCUGACAAGCCCACAAACUUCACAAACCCAGUGUAUGCCACACUCUACAUGGGCGCCCACAACAGCCGCAACUCACUAGCCAGCACGGAUGAAAAGCGGGAGCUGCUGUCGAGAGGGGCGGAUGAUGAUCUUGGCACCCCCCUGGCAUAGGGAAUGGGGGAAUGGACCACCAGCCCAGACAGAGACCAGAUGGGAAGAGACAAGAUGGGCUAGGGAGGGCAUUGGGGACAGGAAGCAAGAGAUACUGUACAAAUGUACAAAUGAAGGAUUAUUACUUUUAUA